GUCAAUACAAAUUCCACAUGUGUGUCUCGCAGUUCAAAACAUUGUGAGAAGAAGAAGGGAAGUGCAGGAGUGUAAAGAUGACUUUUGAGGCGCAGGUGGCCGACCAGCUGCACUACAAGUACCUUUUCGCUGACCUGCCGAAGGACGCUUGGCCCAGGCAGGUCCUCGUCAGGGUGUACCUCAGGCUACUCUGCGUCUACGACUCCUCCUUCGAAAAUAGUGAAAAUGACCCUGGGGAGACGGCAGGCUCUAGUAACUCCAUUCACCGCAGUUUUGUACACAUUCACAGAUGUCUUCGUUUAUUAGGAAUUGACCACCUUGCACCUAAAAUAAAGGAUCUAUCGGAUAAAGCAAGAGCCCUAAGAAUCAUCUCGGCCAUUGAUGAUAAAAUAACAAGUCGGUACGGCCUUGAGGUUGCUGCAAGGAGGAACAGAGUUUUGAUCAAAAAAGAACAAAUGAAAACUUCAAAAAUGAAGAGUCUUCCAGAGCCCACAAAAAAGUUGAAUGAAGACGAUGCCAAUUCUUGUGACGUACCUACUGUGUCAUCUUCCCCUCCCAAAGGAAUAUUUGCAGCAAACUGCAGCGUUACUACUCAAGAGAAGUGGUUGAUGGUUACCAGAGAUUCUCCCACAAGUGAUUUGAAUGAUGAAGACAUAAUUCCUUUAACAAAAGGUCGUCAGCUGCCAAGGACUCCUGUGAAACGAUCCAUCAUUCCAGGCGAAGAGCGCAAAGUCUCAUCUGAAAUCACAGGAAAUAUAAAUGCUGAUGAAAAUUUUGUGGAAGUUGCAGACUCUGAUGAAAUACCAAUUGACAGUGUUGAUGCAGAUUUAAAUAUUAUACCUACUGGAAAACAAAUUCCAAGAACUCCAAAUGUACAAGAUGAAAAUAAUUUGAAUACAGAGAAGGAUGAAAAGCCUGUAGGCAUCCAUGAUGUAACAGGCCAUCAUAACAUUAUUCAAGAAAGUAUUGAAGAGUGUGAACAGAAGGAAGGUUCAUCUGACAUUUUAUUAUUGCCAUCAGGCAGACGCAAACUUUUACGAGAAAAUGUCUCUGAACAGUGUCCUAAUGGAGCAACAACACAACUCUCAGGUUGUGAAAAUUAUCAGUUGGAACUGAAGACAUCAAAGCAUAUUGCUGUUCUGUCCUCUGGCCUUCAGAGUAAGUCAGAUGAAACUUGCAUCCCCAAACCUUUAGAUGAAACUUAUGUCCCCAUGUCUGUCGUUGAACCUUACAUCCCAAAGCCUCUAGGUGAAACUUGCAUCCCGACACCUUCAGAUGAAACUUAUGUCCCUACGCCUUUAGAUAACACAUACGUCCCCACACCUUUAGAUGACUCUUAUGUCCCCAUGCCUGUAGAUGACACUUCCGUCCCUACGCCUUUAGAUGAAACUUAUGUGCCCAAGCCUUUAGACGAAACUUACGUCCCCACGCCUUUAGACGAAACUUGCGUGCCCAAUCCUUUAGACGAAACUUACGUCCCCACGCCUUUAGACGAAACUUACGUGCCCAAUCCUUUAGACGAAACUUACGUCCCCGCGCCUGUAGACGAAACUUAUGUCCCCGCGCCUGUAGAUGAAACUUACGUCCCCACGCCUGUAGACGAAACUUACGUGCCUGCUCCUUUAGACCAAACUUACGUGCCCGCUCCUUUAGACCAAACUUACAUCCACAAGCGUUUAGAUGAAACAUUUGUUGCCACAUCUUUAAAUGCAACGUAUAUUAUUGCACCACCUUUGGAAUAUAAGGCUUCAACACCGGAUAUUGGUUGCCGCUCCAACUCUACAAGAUCAGUCAGGACACAAGAGAACUACUUUUUACACGAAAGCUUACUCUCUGAAUAUUUUGAGCCUAGCCAUAAUUGUCCAUCUUCCACGCGAAGCAAAAAGUCACUACUAACUUCAGGGGAUGGAGCAACAAUAAAACAUAAUACAAUGAAAUCCAAUGUUUAUAUAGAAAAGUGUUCUAGAGAAAGUAAUGAGUUUGAUGAAUUAUCAGUUUCAAUGAGUAAAGGUAAAUUGGAACUAAAACUUCCUGAUAGAAAUACAGAUGCUUCUCAAAGUCUUCACGGUGCUAAACGUGCACCAUGCAUUCUUACGCCACCUAUUGGUUUCAAGGACCAAACUUUUUCAAGUACCGAGGGGAAGUUAAUUAGCAAAGUGGCAAGUAAUGAGCAUCCUGUACAGCAAGAUGAGUGUACCCUUCCAUAUUUGGAUAUUCAAAGUAAAGAUGUAUCGGUAAAGCAAUAUAUAGCGAAUGAAGAUUACAAUUCUUUUGGGCAGCUUUUGCCAAAAAUCUCGUCAGUAGACGAAAACAAAAUAGUAGGAAGGGAUGACUUGCUGACAAACUCUUCUACAUAUAAAAGUUCUACAUCUUUACAUUCUGUAGUCAAUUUAAAAGAUACAGAGGUUUCAAAGAGCAUUUGCAAUGAUGAUCUUAUUUCUCAAACUGUAAUGGAGACAAGUGAAACCAGCAUAAAAGAUGAACUUAUUAGUGAAGAACCAUCAGUUAAAUUAGAAGUUUCCCCACAGGAUGGAAUUACUGCAGCUUACUCGAGCAUUUCCAGUGAUAAUCCUGAAUCUUCAAUCCAUGAGGUAGAGUUUAAUGACUCCUUAGACAUUUUCCCUCUAAGAAUAAAGGAAAUGGGUGCAAGUAACAGGGAUAUAAUUUCUGACCAAACAAAGGUUUACUUGGAGGGUGUUGAAGGUGCCACAGAAAAUGCCACUAAAAAUGAAGAGGGUGACUCCCUUAAAGUUAAUAUAAAAUCACAAACAAAACUUAGGAUACCUAAAAAGAUAAAAAUUAAAUCUAGCAAUAGCCUGAAGAACAAGAUUAAAAGACUUGCAGAUGAAAAUGAUGAUGACAAGAUGGAUGAAGAUACUGAGGUCACCCAAAAAAGUCAGAAACGGGGCAGUAGAUUUGCCGAGGUAAAUGCUCUGCAUGGUAUAAGAAGUGACAAUUCGGAACAAUCGGAAGAUGAUGAAGCAUUGUUUCUGGAGGGCACUAUUAAAACUGAGUGUAAAGAAAAUUGUGAUAUGAAGGACAAAUUAGUUUCAGACUGUGAAACAGCAAAACAAUUUGGUAAUUCAAAAAUUACACGAGCAAAUAAGCGAGAAGCCAUCUCAAAAACUGCAGAGUCUGUGACAGUAGACAGUGGUGUUCUCAAUUCUAAAACAAAGCUAGCAAGAAAACAAAAAACUAAAAUUCCCAGUAAUGCAGCAUUAAACAAAGAUAUAAAGGAAUUUGAAAACUCUACAAAUGAGGAUAUGACUUCUGAAAUAUCAGCUAAAAAUAUUGAGGUCAGCACAAGUGCUAAUGAUGCAAGCCUUGCAAUUUCAACUAGAAGCACAAGAACAAAAGAAAAGACUAGGGGAACUAAAUUGAUUACAAAUAAAUUAUCCAAGAUAGAGGAAGGCUCUAGUAAGGUUCUUUCUGUCACUGAGGAAGUUGAAAAGUCAAAAGUCGCAACUGAUAUUAAAUCAAGAUUCAAUGUUACAGGAUCUAAUAUAGACGAUUUGAAAUGUUUAGAAACUGUUCAGAGCAAAGUACAGUUAAAAGAAAACCCAUCUGUCCCAGUUCUAGCAGUGAAGCCAAAGAAAUCUGCAAAAAAAGCGGCAUCUGGUGUUCAGAAGGAAGAAAAUCUGAAACCCAACAGUCGGUUGGUGAACAAAAGUAAAAGAUUACACAAGGAGGAAAUUUUAGAUCAAAUACAAAGUCAAACAAGCUCAGAUGAAGAGCAAAUGGAAAUGAAGGAAGAUGACUGCAUUGUUUCAUCAAGCCGAAGCAGGAUAAGGGGAAAACGAUUAUUAAAACUCCCCAGUGCCAAGCUGAGUGAUAUUUGUGAGGAUCUUCAGUCUUUAUGUAUGGAGCCAGGUAAUAAAUUCAGAUCACAGAUCAGUGUUGGAAGAGAACUGACAACAAAGUUGAGUAAAGACAAGAUGAAAGUAAAUAAUAAUGCAGAACAGUCGAUUGAAAGUUUGAAAAUUCAACCAGAGGAUGAAAUUGGUAUGCACCUGCAAGCUUUAUCACUGGAUCCAAUUGAAAAAUCAAGCUUGGAAAGUCAUAAGGAAGCAGGUUCAGUAUUACAUCAUUCAUCUAUUCCUAAAGGUAAACCAAGUAAAAAAAUCAGUAAAGCCAAAAAGAUUUCUGAAAAUCCACCAACAAUCACUGAUGUACCUGUACUGGACACACCUGCUCCGAGAGGAAACCAGAGACGAGCAUGCCAGAACAGAUCUUUCAUAUCACAGAAGAAAGUGUUAGGUAAAGAUACUCUCUCUCCUAGCCGUGACCAGUCUACACCUCCAGAAACAAAAGUAGAAAAACGAGGAGAAAAACUUAAUUCCAGUAGAAAAGUUAACACGACUGUAUGUGUAGAGAAAGAAAAUGUUCCAACCGAGAGUUCAAAUGCAAACGAAAGUGGCGCUGAAGACCAAAAGUUAAAGAAGAAAAAUACUGCAGCAAAGAAAAAGAGCAGAAAUAAUAAAAGUUUAUUAGAAAAUUUGGAUAAAGUCAGUAGCCCGUUAAGAGUUCAGUCAGGGCGCAGAUGUAAAGCAAAGGCUCUAACAGCCAUUUCAGAGAUCUUCAAUGAUUCUGAUAGUGCCUUUCUCACGGAUAUUAAAGCUUACAAAUAAUGGUCUAUAUUUUAAUGACCAUUUGGUAUUUUUAAGGGCUUUUAAUAAUUAUUAUUUCCAAAUGUUAUUGUUAUUCCAUGUCCCAUUACUUUAGGAAAAGCAUUUGUCAAAUUAGAUUAAUGGAAAGGGAAUUUAUAUUCAUGAAUGUUUUGUCACAUAUUAACAGGGUAGUUUAGUAGAGAAUUUCAUAAAUAUAUUUUAAUUGUAUGAUGAGUUUGAUGUAAUAAAUAAUUUUAAUAGGUAAAAGAAUUGCAUUUGAUUUGUGAAAUUUGCUUCAUCAUGAAGUUUGUGAUAUAAAUGAAAGUACAGCUUUUGUUAAAUGCACAAAUGUAUGCAAUUUUGCUUUCCUUGUACCAUAUUGUAAAUAAAUUUGAAUAAUAAAUAGCCUGAA